AUGCCUCGGCCUAAACGAACCGCGUCCGUAUCGCAAUUCUCGCCUCCGAGCAAGCGCGUAGCCAAUGACGCUGCGCGACAUGAGUCUUCACACCCGCUAGGGUCACGACACGCCCCAGUGGAGCUAGACUCGAGCCCGGAAGCGGAAGCCAGCACGCACACAGAGCCAGCAAGACCUAUCAACCCACCCGCCCAAGCUGAGCCUCCUCUAAGCAAAGAGCAACAACGAGUUGUUGAUCUUAUCGUAGACGGCCAUAAUGUAUUUUACACAGGAUCCGCCGGCUGCGGCAAGUCAACCAUUUUGCGGGCCUUUGUCAAGGAACUGAAGUCGCUCGGCAAGGUCCGUAUCUGUGCGCCGACAAACCUCGCCGCGUUGAACGUCGGUGGCUUCACGCUUUGGUCUUACGCUGGCUGGAUAGUGCCUGAUGUAAACAAAGAUUUGGACACAUUGAGAAGAGAUGCUCACAGGAAGCAAGUCUGGAACAGGAUGAACAAGACGGAUGUCCUCGUCAUUGACGAGAUCAGCAUGGUCGAGAACAACUUCUUCACUCGGCUGAACGAAGUGAUGAAGGCGGCAUGA